UCGGACAUCUUUUGAUGACCAGGAAGAAGAAUAAGAAUGGCCGAUAAGACCAUUUGCGGAUGUCCGCCUGCACCCACCAUCGUCGCCGCCCAUGCCCUCGCCGUUGCUCAGCCAUAGUCGCCGGCUACUCUCCAGUCAUUCGUUGGCUCUCACAUCCAUCUCCCGCUCCAUCUCCAGGAAUUCCACGGGACGGAACCAGCAAACCCUUGCAUCGUCGGUGACCAGAUCGGGGACGGCGCUUCACUCCGGUAACUUCACCACGGUCCGUCUGAUCCCGGCUGCCGCCGGGGAGGGAAGAUACUUCGUUGUCAGAAAUUUACAUUCCCGAAAGGGCACCAGGAUACCUGCCUCGAUCGACCAUGUCGUCAACUCUGCCCUCUGCACCACGCUAUGUCGCGAUGGAGUGAGGGUGCGCACUGUUGAGCAUCUCCUGUCCGCGCUGGAGGCCUGCGGGGUCGAUAACUGUCGGAUUGAGAUCGAUGGUGGUGAGGAGGUUCCUUUGUUAGAUGGAUCAGCUAAGCAAUGGGUAGAGGCAAUAAAAGAAGCUGGGUUGUAUGUUGCCAAUGAUCACAAUGGGUGCAGUUUGGAAAAAUUAGUACCAAAACUCCAUGAACCACUUUAUCUCUGUCACAGAAAUUCUUUCUUGAUUGCCUUUCCUUCUCCAAAUAUCCACAUCACAUAUGGAAUAGAUUUUUCCAAGAUACCAGCAAUUGCCACCCAGUGGUUUUCUUCUUUCGUUGAUGAAUCUAUAUACUGUGAAGAAAUAGCUUCUGCAAGGACAUUUUGCAUCUAUGAAGAGGUUGAGGGAAUGCGCCAAGCUGGGCUAAUUAAGGGUGGAUCAGUUGAUAAUGCUAUUGUUUGCAGUGCCACUGCUGGUUGGUUAAAUCCACCAUUACGUUUCUCUAAUGAGCCUUGUCGCCAUAAGGUUUUAGAUCUUGUGGGAGACGUCUCACUCUUUGCUCAAAAUGGAAAUCAGGGGCUUCCCAUUGCACACAUAAUUGCCUAUAAGGCUGGCCAUGCCCUGCAUGCUGACUUUGUGCGAUUGCUAUCAAGAUCAUCGACAGCACAAGUGAAAGAUUAGCAACGGAAAUGCUAGCACAGUGAUCCAAAAUCCAUUUUCAUGGAAUAGUUGUUGGUAAGGCCUAGCCAUUUCUGUAGCGUAAAUGCAUUAGCCUGGUGGCAUUGUUUUCAUGUGUUUAUUUGGGGAUUCUUGAAAAAGUUUCACGAAGUUAACAUCUCCUAGGGAAAUCAUGCGUGAGCUAAGAUAGGAUGACGAAUCUCAGCCGAGUGAAACUCCUCCCUGUUUGACUAAUUAAUUGGAGUUGACAAAUUAAUUUAGUGUAUGCUAUUAAUGUUAAUUCUUCUUCAAACACCUUUUGUAAUUUGUAUGAAUGCCAUUUAUACAGCAAUUCGACAUGUGGAUUUUCCCAUUGGAAACUA